AUCGAUUUGAUCUCUUAAUUUCUUAAAUCUCAAAUCCUAUGAAUUAGUUGGUAGAUCACAAACAAUGCUCUCUUGUCAAUUUUAGUGGAAUUGAUGAUGAAACAGGGGAUUUGACUAAGAAAGUAGAUGUAGAUAAGGCUUUAGAUGGAGCGGACUGUGCUUUGCAUCUUGCUUCCUAUGGUAUGUCUGGUAAAGAGAUGCUUCAGUUUGGUCGUUGUGACGAGGAUUCCCCUCUUUGGUGAAUUUACUUGCCAAAAUGCUAUCUUGGCUGAGUGGUUCAUUGAAGGAGGUAGCCCGUAUGUCCUGAAGAAUGAGAAAGCUGAUGUCUAUCGUCUACCAUAUUUGUCAAGCGGAGGACCUGGGUUUGCCUUGCUCGAGACGGCGAAAAAGAUCAACUUUGGAGACACCUUGAGUCAAAUUGCUAAUGGGUUUUCAUCAGGCAGCUGGAAUAAACCCAUUCUUCUGGCUUGGGGGAUAGCUGAUAAAUACCUGCCUCAGNGAUGUUUCGACGCAAAGUAUUGUGUUCUGAUCGUUGAGUUCCAUAGUUUGGAAACGGAUAUGAAUCUGAUCAGAGAUUUCACCGGAAGUCUCUGUAAGAGCUUCUUUAUCGGGAGCUUUUAG